AUGAACGACAAUACAUGUUCCAUUUGUUUGGAGGCUCUGCUGGGAUCCGAGGCCAAUCAAAAAGUAGGAACCACGGUCCCUUGUGGGCAUUGCUUUCAUGCCGAUUGUUUUGAAAUGUGGAAGGCGACCAAAGGAAGAUCCUGCAAGUGUCCCAAUUGUAAUGUGCAAUCCAAGAAAUUCGUGACUUUAUUCCUGAGUGUGGGAGCUGAAAUGAAUGCCAACGAUGAUGAUUUGAGUUUAUCGUCUACCGAACAAGAUGAUGAUGAUGUCGAGCGAGAUAAUGAGGACAUGCAACAAUCGAAUGAUAAUGAAGGCAUCGACACAGGAGAACAAGCUGAAUCGAGAGGCAGCCAGCAGCAAAGUCAAGAUACCAUCGUUAUUGAUGAUGAUGAAGAUGACAACGCCGAGAACGAUGAUGAUGAUUCCGUCCAAGUUGUCGACCUGACCAUGUCGCCGUUGAGCAGUCCACCUGCGAGGCAGGUGCGGCAACUCACUGAAUCUUCAUCAUCGUCUGCUAGUACUCCUCCUUCUUCUUCGGUUGCUCGAAGGCCACGGCCAGCAGCACCGAAGACGUCACCAAGCACUGGCAAUGACAACAGUGGCGAUCAGAACGAUCGAUUUAAAAAGAUUGCCAAGAAAUACAAGCGAAAAUUCCAGCAGAAACAAUCCCAAUGCCAAGAGCAGUACAAGCAGCACCAAGAACUCACUGCCAGAAUGAAUGAAAUUCAAAAUGCAGCUGCGGAAAAAGAAGGCAAAUUACGGCAACUUCAGGAACAAAGCCAAAUGCAACAACUGGAAAUUGAUCACCUGUCACUGGUGGACGUCCGACGCCUCUCGGAAUUGAACAGCAAGAAUCGACAAGUGGCCAAGUUGACAUCGGAUGUUCAACGCCUCAAUACAGAAUAUACCAAGCUCAAGGCCAGCUAUGAAAAGGAUUUGUGUCAAGCUCAUUCGAGUAGUACGGCAGAAGUCAAGGAAUUGGCGGCACGGACCAAGGAUGUGGAACAAGAAAAUGCUCGAUUGCGGGCGGCCAUGCCACAAUAUGGUGGUGGAGGUCGCAAUAACAGCAUGUACAAUGCAGGAGCACUCCAAAAGAAAAAGACUAGCAAGAGACAAGACAACAAUGACGUCGCCCGCGCCUUGCGAGGGAUGGAUGCGGUCCGGACCAUUCCGGGAUCCUCGAAACGCAAGUCUGCUGACGAGGAGGCUCCUGUACAUGACACGACACGAUAUUCGGCCCAAGCAUCACGAAUUGCCAUGGCGGGACAAAAGAAACAACGAAAGGGUCCCCUCGGUGCUGCGGCUGCAGCCAUGCUGUCCAAUAGUAGUAGUAGUAGCAAACCAAAAUCUUCGAGACAUCACGAGUCAAUGACAAUGUCAACGACAUCAUUGACUGUCAAUCAUCGAAAUCGACGACCGUUGCAACGGAUCAAUAGCCAUGACGCUUCACAUUCACAUGCAAAUUCACAGCAGACCAAACACAAAAACAAGGCUCCACCAAAAAUGGCAUCCAUGUUUCAGCGACGAUAA